AUGCCAAUCGACGAUGUUCUAUGGCUUAACAUUUCAGCAGCCUGUGCUGUUUCUAUCAACUUUCUUCUGAUUUUUUUGAUUAUCACAAAAUCUCCGAAGUCUCUGGGAUCCUAUAAAUAUCUUAUGAUUUACAUUAACCUUUUCGAAUUCACAUAUGCUAUUUUGUAUUGUGCUGAAAAGCCGGAUCUAUUCACCAAAGACUGCGCGUUUUUUCUAAUUGUCAACUGGAGAGAAUCAAUCUUUCCAAAGUUUAUCGCAUGUCUUCUGGAUUUACUCUUCGUUGGAUUCUUCGGAAUCUCCAUUGCAAUUCUAGCACUCCAUUUCAUUUAUCGUUUUCUAAGCAUCACCAAUAACCGUCAUUUAAAAUCUUUCGAUUCCUGGAAAAUCGUGCUUUGGUUCAUGAUUCCUCUACUGAAUGGAGUCUUAUUUAUGAUCACUGGUGGUAUAAUUCUAUGUGCCGAUCAGGAAACGGAUAGAUUCAUGAAGGAAAAUUAUCAAAUUUUACUGGAAAACACUACAUCACUUGAUAGUUUGUACUACAUGGGUCCGUUUUUCUGGCCAAAACGAGAUUAUCCGUCGGAUGAAAUUUAUUUCAGUUGGAAAGGUGCUGGAGGUUCAGUUAUUGUAAUGGGGUUGAUUAGUUUAUCCAGUUCAAUAAUGAUAUAUUUCGGAGUAAAAGGAUAUCGAAGUAUGGACAGAUUAAUCUCUCAAACGAGUUGCUCGGAAAAGUUCAAAAGUGUCCAAAAACAAUUGUUCCACGCCCUCGUUUUCCAAACUCUAAUCCCUGUUUUCCUGAUGCAUAUCCCGGCUUCUGCUAUUUAUAUCACUAUAUUUUUCAACAAUUCAACAGAAAUCGUAGGUAAAAUUCUGAGUUUGACCAUUGCAAUGUAUCCAGCACUCAACCCGCUUCCCACUAUUUUUAUAGUCAAAAACUACAGAAAAGCAUUGAAAGGUGAAGAAAAUUAUGAGGAGGGGGUUUCGAAUCAAUCUGGAUUUUUAGAUUUCGUCUUGGGAAUUCAAUACAAAAUCCAAAAUAAGUCAAGAGUAACUCAACUAUCCACAACUACACAAGUAUCCGCUGGAGUUUCUACGAAAUGA